AUAUUCUAUUCUUCUAUUCUUCUUGUCUGACAUUUCUGCUACAAAAUCUGGUUUUCAGCUUUGAUUUUUAAUAUAUAUGGGCCGUAUGUGACUUGUUGAAGUCGAACGUACGAUUUCAAUUCGAGAAUAUAUAGGCUCCCAGGUCGUCGUAUGUGUGAAACUUUUUUCUCUGUACCCCCACCGCCAUCGCCGCCUCGUCCUAACCUCCAUGAUUUUCAUUUCAAAACACCACGACGGUGUCGACAGAACUCCUGCGAUUUAAACUUUCCAACGGAUUUAUGUAAAAAAAUGAUAGUAACUCAAGUUUAAAUGUGAACAGAGAAUCAAAAAAAUGAGGAAAUGUGUGGCUUUAUUGCCGUUAUCCCGGCAAUUGCUCCAAAAGAAACUGAAAAGUGAGGUUAAUCCAGCGAAUUUAGUGCUCCGAAAGUACUCCACAAGUGCAGAAUCCUCGACAAAUAGGGAAAAAUUGAACGAAAGUGUGAGAAUCGUGCCGAUGAAUCCUCAGGAUUCAUCGGCAGUUGAUGACAUAUUCCUGAAGGACCUGGUGAAAGACAUGAAGAAUCCGAGUGCCCUGGAUGAGUGUGAUGAAGACAUGUCGGACUUGGGGCCAUAUCACCGGCCAUCCUUCAACUUCGCGGCCUACGCGAACAAAUCAGAGACGAUACAGGAGUUGGUGAAGCUAGGAGUCGAGCUGUGGAAGCUUGAGGCUCAGCAAGGGGCGAUGGAGGCCAUUCUGUCGAAAAAGUUUGAGGAGAUGAAGCCGUACAUUCAGUUUUUGCACGACUGUGGAGUACCGGUAGACAGGAUUAGCACCUUUAUCACGAAAAAUCCCCUCAUCUUCAAGGAGGAUAUGGAUGAUUUGAGGACGAGGAUUAGAUACUUGAGAGCUCACAAUUUUGAUAAAAACGAUAUUGCAAGGAUUGUCACGGAAGCACCUCGGUGGCUGUCUUGGAGGACUGAUGAGAUUGAUAAUAAAUUGGCAUAUUUUCAGAGAGAAUUUCAACUUUCUGGAUCUGAAGUGAGAGCUCUAGUCCACAGAAGACCUCAACUGAUCACAUUCGCACUCAAAGACAUCCGAGAUAACACAUUUGCUAUCAAAGAAGAGAUGGGUUUCGAUGAUGAUCAGGCCAAAGAAAUUCUCCUAAAUAAACCAAAAAUUUGGGAGAAAGCACGACUUGCACUCAUAGCCUCUUUCAUUUACGUCCACGAGGUAAUGGAAAUUCCUCACGAAAUUAUAGCCAAACAGCCAAGCGUCAUCGCAACGAGAGUUGAGAGAUUGAAACAGAGACAUUUGUUUCUGGUGGCAUUGAAACGAGCCCAGUACGACGCCAAGAAGCCUCUGUACGUCCCACUGGACUCCUUGGCUAUGGGCACUGACUUUGAGUUUUGCACGAAGAGGGCCAAGUCCUCGAUAGAAUUGUACGACAUGUUCCUGAAAACCUUGUAGAGAUAAUUAAAGUUUUAAUAAUUCGUUAAAAAGUCUUCCUCUCAACUCUCUUAUUAUAUUCAUUUUGAUUUAAUAAAAUACAAAGUUCAGACUUGAAGACAAUUAAAUAGUAGAUUUCGGUAAUGUACAAUUGUACGAAUUGCUUGAACAUAAUUUUGGAAUGUCUCUAACUGAAUUUUCCUAGUUCUUGCUUCUGUAUCGCUCGAACCGAGUGGUACAAGAAAGUGUCAAUUAGCCCAGCGACUGUGAACACACCGCCGAUUAUUGCACAAACAUUUGUCGCAAAGUGCCCAAAGGAUUUUUUCUUCUCCGUGUAUUUCACCAUUAGGGGACUCAGUUCAUAACUGAAGAAGAUCCCUGGCAUUCCGGAGCCACCACUGAACAUGGCAAUCUUUCUUGAAUGCCUCGUCACUGAAAACUGAUUUGUUUGUAGUUGAGCUCCAUCAGCACGAAAAUACGUCGUUGGAACGAUUUUUAUGUAGUACUGAUACAUCAUUGCACCUAAAAAUAAAAACAACAUCAUUUUAUGA